AACUUUUGCUCGCUGCGCUUGCCCUUUCGUUUCGUUACGUUUCGAAUACAGAGUUGAAUUUGAUUUUGUGUUUGCAUUCGCUCCAGAAAUAACUACACAACACUACCAACCAAGAGACGCGCGUUUUUUCGGGUGAGCGGAGUGGAGAUGGCCGAAGCAAUCAGCACAGCAGCCAACAGCAUGGAGCUGUCGCUUAAGGACACCAAUGUGGGCGUGGGCGUUGGAGUGGGCGUGGGCGUGGGUGGAUUGAUUGUGGACAUGACGCCGACAACGGCAGCGGCAUUGUUGCAUCACAAUGCGAUGGCAUUGAGGAGCUUCAAGGAAGCAGCCGUUGCAUCUGCAUCUGCGUCCGCAUCGGAAUCGGAGCAGCCGGAAGCGCGUUCGCUGACAGCGACGCCGACAAAUCUGAGUGCAACAGGUCCACACUCGCCGCCGAUGACGUUUCGCUGCGAGCGUUGCGAGAACUUUGAGACGAGCUCGCGUGCCACAUUGUUGCUGCAUGUGGUGCAGUGUCUGGCGGGGCAGGCGGCGGCAGCGGCGGCGGUGCGUCUGAAGAGCGAGGAGCACGACGAGCCGGAGAAUAUGAGUGUCAGUCACAUGGAGACGGGCAGCAAGUCUGGCGAGGCGGGUGGAGGGGGAGGUGGCAGCAAUGGCAGCAGUUCAUCGGCCAGCUCCUCGCCAGCGGGAAACGGCGGUGGUGGCGGUGGCAGUGGCAGUGGAGCAAGUGCAUCACGCAAAGUCUUUGAGUGCGAUGUGUGCAACAUGAAGUUCUCGAACGGCGCCAACAUGCGACGCCACAAGAUGCGGCACACGGGAGUGAAACCGUAUGAAUGUCGCGUCUGCCAGAAGCGCUUCUUCCGCAAGGAUCACCUGGCGGAGCACUUUACGACGCACACGAAGACGCUGCCGUAUCAUUGCCCGAUCUGCAAUCGCGGAUUCCAGCGUCAGAUUGCGAUGCGUGCGCAUUUCCAGAACGAGCAUGUGGGCCAACAUGAUCUGGUCAAGACGUGUCCACUUUGCAGCUAUCGUGCCGGCUCCAUGAAAUCCCUACGCAUUCACUUCUUCAAUCGUCACGGCAUCGAUCUCGAUAAUCCCGGUCCUGGUGGCACCUCCUCCCUGCUCUUGGCCCUCGAGUCCCAGGCAUCUGCAGCGGCGGCGGCAGCAGCUGCCAGCUAUGUGACGCCUCCAAUCACAGCAAUUCCCCAACAACAGCAACAACAACAGGCUGCUCCUCCCCCGGCGCCGGCAAGUCAUCAAAGCGAUAGCGGCGAGUCCAUGAGAUCUCUGGAGAAUGCCACGCCCCCGAUGCACUUCCUCACCCCACAUGUCGAGAUCUCCACGCUCAAUGAAAAUGGCAACACGGAGCUUUUCAAUCUGAUUUGCGUCUUGCGUGAAUCUGCUUUGCAGGGCAACAACCACAGCAGCAACAACAACAACAAUAACAACAUCACCAGCAACAACAACAAUAACAACAACAGUGAACUGGACUCGAAUAGCAAUGAAAAGUUAAAGGAACACGCGAUUCUUCUGCAAACUCCCGUUGUUUUGGGUGCUCCACAGGAUCUGCCCAUGGAUUGCAAUACAAAGGCCACGCCCAUCUCGUCCAGCACGACGACAAAGAGUCUCCAUCAUCAUCAUCAUUCUCAUCAUCAGCCGCAUCAUCAUCAUCACCAUCAUCAUGAGAAUCACAUAACGCCCUCCAUCAGUCUGAUUCCCAUUAAACAGGAACCUCUGCUCGAAGAUGUGGACAAAAAGGAGUCGAUUAAUGGCAAUGCUGCCUGUGAUGCCAACAGCGACACGGAGAUUGCUUCCAACAACAACAACAACAACAGCAAUAGUAACAACAACAACAACAGAAUCACCUCACUGAUUAAGGUCUCGCCGCUCAAAUCGCUGCUGCGCGAAGACUUGAAGCGAAGAAUCUGCGCAAAGGCGAACAAUCGGAUCACGAGGAAUGCGACACCGUUGGAGCAUGAGCUGCAGAAUAUGCCACAGAAUAUGAUGAAUGGCAACGGUGGCAGUGUCACAGUGGCAGCUGUGGCUGCUGGUGGCAACUCUAGUGCAACAACCACGCCCAGUGCAAAUCAUAAUGGCAACAGUUCAACGCCCAUUUGCAAUGGAACAAUAACGUCAACUGGUCAGGAGAGUGAUUUACUGCUGAACCGCAAACAGAUACUCACAUGCCACUUUUGUGGCAUCGAGUUCCCCGAUGAGACACUGUACUUUCUGCACAAGGGUUGCCACUGCGAGAGUAAUCCAUGGAAGUGCAACAUUUGUGGCGAACAACUCAACAAUGUCUACGAAUUCAAUUCGCAUCUAUUGAGCAAAAGUCAUCAAUAGCAGCCACAGUUUGCUGGCAAGUGAGAAUUGCCAGCGGAAGUGAGAGAAGCUUUAAGAGAAGCUGUGAGAGAAUCUGUGAGAAAGCGUUGAAGAUACAGCUCAAUCCAAGAGGAACAAAAUAACGGCAACAAAUGUGGAA